AUGGCUUUUAACGCGAUAUUGGUUGGGGCCAGGGGGUUGCUGGGCGCGCUCGCGAGUGGACCGCAGGCUCCAGAUGAGAAGCCGUUGUUGUACCGUAAACUGCCAACACCAACAAACCCCGGGCCCUCUCAGCCCCUGCAUCUGCGCCGGCCAAACCUGAUCGAUUUGCACAGCCUAGCUGUCGAGUUGCUCGAGUUGCUCGAGUUGAUUUUUGGCAAGGAGUCCUAA